AUGUUGAAAAGGCUCUUCUCUGCCAUUGCGCCCGUUCGAAGCAAAAAAUCAACGAGACGAGUGCACCAUACCAACCACAGUAAUAUCCAUGACAGCAAUGAAGAUAUACUAAGAAUCAUCAAGCUAUACAAUCAGGGCACCAUGAAGACCAUCAACGAUGAGGCCACGCUGAAUGGCGUCAAGUAUCCCUGCUUGCUCAAGUAUAGAGCAUCCAAUUUCUACGUGUUUAUUACAGCUGCCCUGGGCAUAUUUACAAGUAUCUACUCGAGUAUUUCUCUAUCGUCCAUCAUAUUCUACAUUAUCGAAAGCCAGAUCAAACCAGCACAAUCCACUCUACAAAGCGACAUGGACAUGUUCUCUGACGAUGCCGUGGUUUAUGUGCUAUCCAGCUUUUAUCUCUCUGGCUUGCUGCUUGGGUCGUUCAUGUUUGGAUGGCUGGGUUGUCAAAUACGUCAACGAAAAUAUCUGCUGCUGAUAGGUACAUGUGCGUCAAUGUUAGCAGGAGGCGCCUUCAUGGUCUCCAUUGAGUAUUGGAUGCUGUUUCCGGCAAAGUUCUUGCAGGGUAUCUCGAAUGCAUCUAUUUGGCUCAUGUGUACUGCAUUGGUAGCAGACGUGUGGCCACAGAGUAAAUGGGGAUCCAUGAUUGGGUUUAUUCUAUGCGCAUAUCCACUGGGCAUGUCGUCUGGCUUGACCAUUGGGGAAGCCAUUUUUGAGCAUGCCAGCCACACGGCGUGUUUCCUCUGUGCACUAACACUAUCUUUUUUGACGUUGCUAAUGCAACUUUUUGUGAUUGAAAGAUGCACCAUUCCAAGCGAUUGGAUUGAAAGCAAGGAAACUGUUCAAAUGGACCACGAAAGUGAAAUGCAAGAGCAUCAUUUCAAGGACAUGCAGAGAGAGCUAGAUAUCAUGGAAGAGGGCGCCAUGUGGAGCAAGAGUUCGUCCAUGUCAACUAUCAACUUGCGCGAUCAACCCAUUAUUUUUGAAAAGGAAAUGGAGAGCAGCAUAAAGACUAGCGCCAAAGUAACGCUCCAAAACUUGUUGGUGGUUCGUCUGGUGGGAUCAGCGGAAUUCAUGGCCUGCUUGUACCAAGUAAUAGCCAUCACAGCCAUUCUUGGUGCUUUGAAGCCGUCUCUCAUGAUCAAACUCGAAUUUCAAAUGAGCGUGCUCAACAUGGCUUACAGAAAUAUCGUCCUCAGCACAUUCUUAUUACCUUGCGCAGUAUCAGCAAUUGUUAGUGGCUGGUUAUGUGAUCGAUUUGGUACAAAAAUUGUUGGACUUACCUCCAUGAUUAUCUCGAUCCCUGCUUUCAUCUGGAUUGGCGUUCCUAAUCAGAACAUCCAGAGUGUCGUUUCAGCUCUUGUUGUUGGCGGCAUUACGUUAUCAGGCAUGUCUGUAUCCACAGUUUAUAGCACGAUCAAAACCAUGCAAAAGAUCUUAUCACAGCAGCAAUUUGAAAAGACCAAGCAGCAGCAACAGCAAUACCAACAACAGCACAUGCCAGCCAUCUUCGCCACCAUCUAUCUCAUGUCAGGGGUUGGUUUGUUUUUGGGCUACUUUCUAUCCAAGCUGAAUGAUAUCAUUGGAUUCUUUUGGUUAUGUUUUGUCUUUUCUAUGCUACUAGUUACAUGUGUGCCUUUCAUGGCUUACUUUCCCAAGGGUAAAUUGUUUCGAAAUAGCGGCAGCCAGACAGGGUUCAAUGCAAGUACAAGCAAGAAAUCCAUCGUCAAUAAUACAAGACCAGAGAGUUUUGCAGAAUCCAUCCUCUCUGAUGAUGAAACUACGUUGGGAUCAUCCUUGAAAUUAGACUGCAAUGUUACUUUAGAAUCUAAAUCCAUUAUUGUUAUCCCUUAA